GUGACGUGCCCUCGUCAUCACGAUCAGCUAUGCGUGUCCCUCGGUGGGUAGAGUCGGUCACCUCGCUUUUCCUUUUCCCCUUCUCUCAUCGUCACCUCCAUCUUCAUCGUCACUACACCAACAGUAGCGGCUUGUGCGGCCCUUUUACCAUCUCGAUCGUCCCCUGCUUUCCUUCCAAAAGAAUCAAAUCGAGGGCUACUCCCUUUUCUCGAUUUCAUCCAUCUUUUAUUUAGUUUUUGCAUUCCCAAUUUUGUAUAUGUUUGUCUGUGAUUAGAGGUGAACUCCUCCGGAUUGGUGACGAUGUCUUGCACCGACGACAGAGCUUGCCGUUUCUAUCGUCGAGGAAGUGAUUGGUUCUCUAAAACUGGUAUCCCAAGUGAUAUAGUUAUUGAAGUUGAGGGACAAAUGUUCCAUCUCCACAAGUUUCCUUUGUUGUCAAAAUGUGGAAAGAUUGCACAUAUAUCAGAAGUAUCACAAAAUGUCAAAGAAGGUACACAUCAUAUUUUAUCAGGAUGUCCUGGAGGAGCUGAUGCAUUUCUAUUGGUGGCAAAGUUUUGCUAUGGCUUCAAGGUGGAAUUGUCACCAAAAAACAUCAUAAUGGUGCAUAGUAUAGCUGAAUAUCUUGAGAUGACAGAGCAACUUGAUGAGAAUAACCUACUUCCUGAAGCAGAAAGAUUCUUUCAUAAAUUUGUUCUUCACAGCUGGAAAGACUGCAUUGUGGCUCUGCAAAGCUCUGAGGGUUCGCUUCCACAUGCUGAGUCCUUCCCUAUUGUUACCAAGUGCAUUAAUGCUCUUUCCAGGAUGGUUUGUACUGAUCUUAGUUUGUUUGGGUGGCCUAUGAUGAUGUAUGGAAGCUUGCAAAGCCCUGGUGGUAGUAUUUUAUGGAAUGGAAUAAAUACAGGUGCUAAAAUUAGAAGUUCACAAUCUGAUUGGUGGUUUGAAGAUAUCUCAUGCCUGGGAGUGCCAAUGUUCAGGAGACUAAUGGAAGCAAUGUAUGAGAGAGGUGUACGACCAGUAAUUGUAGCUGGUGCUUUAAUGUAUUAUACCGGAAGGUAUUUACGUGGUCUUGAUCGGUGGAUGAAAAAGCAAGGAUCCAGAGAUCUUGCAUUUCUUACUGUGACACCAGCUGUAGUUGAUCACAAAGUGUUACUGGAAAACAUUGUUAGUCUGCUUCCCCAAAAGAAGGGAAAGGCUUAUUGCCGCUUCUUGUUAGGACUUCUAAGGUUUGCUAUUAUACUGAAUCUUUGCCAGCAAUCUAAGGAGACUCUAGAGAGAACUAUAGGCAUGCAACUUGAACUGGCAACACUUGAUGGUCUUUUAAUUCCAAACUUCUCAAAAUCUGACAAUCUAUAUGACACCGAUUGUGUUGAACGGAUUAUUCACCAUUUCUUGCAUUCACAGGAGUCAGGUAUUGCAACAUUUUCACCUUCCUCAUCUGUUUCUGCAUCUCCAUUGUCUAGUUCUUUAAACAGAGUCAUAAAGUUAAUAGACAGUUACAUCACUGAGGUUGCUCCUGAUGUCCAUUUGGGAACUGAAAAGAUGCUUAGUCUUCUAGUAGCUCUUCCAAAAUCUUGUAGAAGCCAGAACGACGGACUGUAUAGGGCAUUGGAUGUGUAUUUAAAGGCACACCCUUGGCUUGUGGAGACUGAGAAAAUGCAACUUUGCAGCGUUAUAGAUUAUGGAAAACUCUCUGUUGAUACAUGUGCACAUGCAUCACAGAAUGAACGCUUGCCCCAUAGAAUCAUUCUCCAGGUUCUAUAUUUCGAACAGUUGCAGCUGAGAUUGUCCCUUUCUCAUUACCUUGAUGCUUUAGACAUCGACAGCACGGCUGCUGCAAAUAAUGUGGUUGGACAUAUCCUACAGAGAGAUGGAUGGAUUUCACUAAUUCAUGAAAACCAGGCCCUCAAAGUUGACAUGGAAAGCCUUAUGUCAAGAGUUAGAAAUUUGGAACAGGAAUUUGUUAUCAUAAAACAAAAAAUUGGUAGGGUGAAUAGACACCAAUGAUUUGAUAAGCACGGCUUGCUUUAUAUCUUGAUGAUUUGGGGUUUAUGCAUGUACCACUGGCAGUUGACUACCUUGACACUGUAGGAGGAAAAGAUCCUAGUUCCACACAGUUGUCCAUGCAUCACAUAUUUCAAAUUCGUGUGAUAGGAUUGGCUUGGCAACUAUUCUUGUACAUGUUGCUAAGAAAGUUCUUUUCUGGAAAGCAGCAAACUAUCUUAUUCAAAGUAGUAAGAUCUCAAAUGGAGCAAGAAUGUAGUCACUUUACCAAAUGGUUAAGUCGGUAUCUGAGAUAAAACAAUCCAGGAACUCUGAUUUUCUUCUUGAAGUGGAUCGUGCUGUCUGACUCUCAGCUGAGACAUACCAGUCUUCUAACAACUGCUCCUACUUUAGGAGAACUGGAACUUUUGUCUUGAAUCUGCAAACAUGGAAAAUAAGUACUAUAUAUCUCAUCAUAAUUUGUCAUCAUCUGUGACGGACACGGUCAAAGAGAAUAAUAACCUGAAGAACAGGAAGUGAGUAGCAUCCGCUCACAGUUCUGAAUUUUAUUUACGUGAAAAAUCAGAAAGGGGGAGCAAUGAAUUCUUCAAUGGUUUGUGACAGGUCACGAGAGUAUAUGGCAAUUUCCUUAGUCUCCCUAGUUAUACGGGUACAUCUUCCUUCCGGAGGACAAGCAGUCAGAAAAUAGGACAAUAGGCAAAUGGUUGCAAGUUCUUGUCCGAGUCCCAGAUGGUGUUCUGUGUGGAAGGGAGUGCAGCAUGCUGUAGUGGCAUCCAACAUACGAAUGCCCGCUUGGUGGGAAAAAUGAGUUGGAAAAAGAGUUGCGUGCGAUGGUUGGCAGUGGGCAGUCUUAUUGUGAGUCCCGGCUCGGCUUGUCGCAGCACCAAGGCGGGCCGUCCCUUUCCGCGGCCCGCCGCUACGUGACCGCCAAGGCGGCUCCGAUCCCCCUCCACCAUCGCGCUCACCACCAACUCGGUGCCGCAGAGUCUAUCGCCAGCUCCGGAAAGAAAGGGGUCGUUGUCAACGGCGGUGGCGGCGAGGAUCAUGAGGGUAAUAGUGAGGCCUUCGGCUAGACGGACGCCUCCAAGUGCCCCGUCUCCCCGGCUUUUGACGACCACUGCUUCGCCAUCGACGACAACACCUUCGCCGACCAGCACCCUGCCGCUGCCGACGAUGACGAUGUCGAUACCGACAACGCCGAUCGAAAGGGGGUCACCACCUCCGCGUCCCACCACCAACACCUCCACCACCACCGGCAGCCCCAUCACCAGUCGCCUAAGCGCAAGGAUCAUGACGAUGCCAGCGACGGCGAGCCCCCCUACUGCUACAACAGCAGCUUGGCAGCCAAUAAGAAGUCGAGGCCGAUGUCGUCCUUGGGGGACAACGGCAAGGGCCGGGAGGAGUUGACCGACAUGGCAAUCGGCUCCCUCCUAGAUGCCUACACAGAGAAGUAUGAGCAGCUGAACCGGCGCAACCCGCGGGGUAGGGACUGGGAGGACGUGGCCACCAUCGUCAGCGAGCGGUGCAACAAGCAGAAGGUGUGCAAGAGCGUGGAGCAAUGCAACAACAAGAACGACAACCUCAAGAAGUGAUACAAGGUUGAGUGCCAGUGGAGCAGAAGGUGUGCAAGAGUGUGGAGCAAUGCAACAACAAGAACGACAACCUCAAGAAGUGAUACAAGGUUGAGUGCCAGCGGUGGUGUCCCUGCCGGCCACUGGCCCUGGUUUAAGAAGAUGGAGCCGAUUGUUGGAUCCUCCUCGUCUUCGCUGAAGGCUGCCCCAGACAAUGACAAAUCCAUCACCGUUGGUGGCCCUGCUACAGUCAUGACACAGAUCAGAAGUUAUCCUGUUGCUACAUCUGGCCCUGUUAGCAUAAAUAAUAACUCAGAGGUAAAGUCAUUCUCAAAUCCAUGAUGGAAGAGUGAUUUUGAAAAUUAGUGGUACGGCAUUAGCUGGAGUUGGUCCCUACAAUGUUGACCCCAAGGUAAUUGCACUUAUUGCUAAGGAAAUUGCAAUUGCAAACCAUUCUGGUCUUGAGGUGGCUGUUGUUAUUGGAGGUCAAAAUAUAUUUUGUGGUGACACUCGGAUAGCUGCGACUGGAAUUGAUAGGGCUACAACUGAUCAAAUGGGGAAACACCACAUGUUUCAUUACCUGGUUUAGACUGCCACCAUAUUGGACAAAAGAUGAUAUGGAUGUUCUUAGCUUCGAAGAAAAUCUAUGGAUCAUAAUAUUCAUCAGUUGCCAAAAUAAGGUUUAUUGGUUCCUUCUAAGAAUGAAGUCAUGAACAAACAAAGUUCAGUUUGAAGUUGACAUUUUUGUACAUGCUUAUCUUAAAUUACCAUGCAUCUGAUGCUAUGUCUACUUAGUUGAGUCUGACAGCAUUUCUAUAUUUACUGCUCUCCACAGUAUUGAAGGAGUGUUGUCUGGUAAAAUCGUUUUGUUUUUUUUUAAGAACUGAUGAAAUUUGUUAGUACUUAUCCUUCCUCUUCCCUUAACACCCAAACAUCAUAUGUAGACUUUCAUUUGUUUUAUGUAAAGCAAAUUUGCUUCUCAUAUUUGUUUUCAACUGUUCUCUGUUCAAAUCUUACAUUAUCUGAAGAAAUUCUGUUUAAUGCAUAUUCACAGUAAAAUGCAUUUGUUUCUACAACUCUGUUUUUUUUUUUUCAA